CUCUACCAAACAUACCACCACCCACUUGUCAUUUUUCUUUUCAACAAUACAAUAUGAACGACCCCGAAUAUGAGGAGCUCACGAAAGACUUAAUAGCUAAUUUUAACACUCUCGCAGACGAAGUACAGCUCUUGAGUGACCGCAAUACGAUCCUUCAGCACAAGCUUUCAUAUGCCCAUUCCGAGGUAAGCGCCGCGCUACAUUUUGCUUCCUCCUUCCUACCACAACUUUCAUGAUGAGAAACUUUAGCUCUAGAUCGAGAGCUGCAUAGCAGCGACGACCGAUAACAAUUACAUGUAUCCUGAACUUUUCCCUUUGGUGGCACAUUUUCACUCCUCCGCAUUCGGCUUCUCGCUUCUUAGAGACUAACAAGCUUUUCACAGUACCAGGUCCUAGCGGACAAAUACGCGCCAUCAGAUCCGGGCAUCGCAGACACUUUGGCGAAGCUUCAACUUCCACACGAAUUCCAAGUGACGAGUCCGGAUCGAGCAGGAUUUGUUCCACUACCCCUCCGAACCAAACCAUCCUCCAAGCAGCAGACAGCAGAAGCUAUACGCGACGGAAGAAAAGUAGCACAGCGGCUUGCGGCCUUGAACGGGAAGUCUACCGGAUCUACAAGUAUAUCCGCGGCGAGUAGUAGAAGUAACAUGAGAUUGUCCGCUCGCCGGACCUCGUUGUCAACAGUACUCGAGCAAGACUUUACGGUCCCUGGCAAAAAGGGCUCCUUAUCGUGUCCUUUCACUCGCCCAGCAAGCCCCAAAGUUGGUAGCACAAUGGGAUCUCAAACUCUACUUAGCCCUACAGCGGUUGAGGGAAAAGACACUACACCACAUCAAUCCGCUGAUCCGAUUUGUGCCGCUAUGUAUGCUGAAACAAGGGCAUCACCUCCACCGUCAGCGACCGGCUCUGCAGCGAAAUGUCCCAUUCGUUAUUUAGAUCAGCACUCUCCAGAAGAGGUCGCCCGAUAUUUUGAAACACAUAAGCACGAGAUUCCUCGGAGUCAUGAAGUUUGUGUCAAGCGUUAUCAGAGGAACGAACAUGAUAUUCGUCAGUUGGACGCCAAAUACGGCAAUUUGGUUAGCAUGAUACAGGGCCUAGGCCAAACGCAUAAGCGUAUGCUGCCUACCGACGCCGAAAACGAGGAAGAAGAGCUUGAAAGAACAUACAAUGAACGAGUGGAGAACUGGGCGACUACCGUCAGUGCUGAUGGUAUAGGCCAAGACGAAGAUGACGAAGAGCAAAGACAAGAUGACGAGGAUGAUAGGGCAAGCCGUUAUGACAGGACCAUGAAACCAGUACGGGUUGGCGAAUCACCCAGUCGACCUUGGGGAAUUUCAGUACCAAUGUUCAAUCCUCCUUCUGAAGAACAGAGACCUGCAUCUCCACCUGCGGCUCCUGUAUCGGCUGAGCAUAUACCCAAACCUACAGGCAAGUGUCCAUUUGGUCACGGGAAGGAGGUGAGAGUCAAGGUGGAGUCCGAUGUUUCUCAUUUCAGCCAGCCUGAAGAGCGGCCUGUUGGAAAAUGCCCAUUUCCUCAAGGACAGCAAAGUAAACAGGGACAGUCUCAUAUGGAAACGUCUUCACCGAGUAUGAGAAUUCCACCCCCACGCAUGAACUCUCCACAAUAUGCCACUCAUGCCCAACCGGCGUUUAUUCAGCCUCCUGCCAUGGCCCAAAAUGGCAACAAUGCAGGCGUGCCACAAAUGAUUUUUACAGGUCCCGUCUUCAUUGGUUAUCCGAUGGAGCAGGCGUUGGCGUUUAUGCAACAGUACAAGCAUAUGUAACGAUAGAAGAGGUGAGGAGAUUGUUUUUUGAAAUAGCUUAGCGAUAGCAUUUGUGGUUUUGGAUUGGGUUAGGUUAGGUUCCGGUUCUGGUUGAACUGAGUGGGGGAGUUAAAGGAGCGUUCUGAUAGCGGUUUUCUUCAUUUUAUUAUAUGCCUUUCUGGUUGAGAGAGCCGGAGUUCAUGGCUUGUCACGAUAUACGAGUAGUGGUAGUUGAUCGUGGA